AAGAAGAAGCAGGAGCGGAAGACGAAGAAGAAGAAGGGUGUGAAUGGCCCCCUUUAGUGGCCAUAAUGUGACAUAACGAGCGACUUGUAUCUGUAUAUAAAAAUGGAAGGCUCCGUUUUCAAAACCUCUUUACAUUUAACAGUAAAAACAAAAUUAACUGAAACAGGGCUAAUGCUUGAUGUGCUGUGUAGCAUAUUAUUGUUUCACAGAGGGACGGAGGUUUUGACCUGCGUGACAUCGUACGUCAGCAAACGAAACCAAAAGUAAACCGUCUAGCAGUUAGCUAGGUGUGGUCUGUGGCGGAAAACACGGAUCACAUUCAGCCUCUUGCUGUCUGAGCGUCCACCAAAAGAAAAUGAGGGAAGUGGCAGUAUGUGGGUUAUUCAUCCUUCUUUUUGACGCAGUGCUGUGUUUGGCACUGUGGGCUGGACUGGUGAUCCUGAAGUGCUCCAGCUGUGGUGGACUGGUAGGUGUGUGGGCUUUUGGGGCAUUAAAAUGGGCCGUUCUCCAUGUUUUCACCUCUCUCCUGACUGAUGGAAAGCCCCGGGUGGAGAUCUGCAGGUUGGUAGCACUGCUCUGCCUUCUGUUUCCUGUGUUCGAAAGUGGACGGAUGCUUAUGGCGCCUCACACAGGACCACCUACUGACCUCAACAUGCUGCUCCUGGGUCCUGUGUCUUCGUCACUGGCUUGUGUAGUUUGGGAAAAGGUCCUCUGUGGUGAUGGAAAGAUGAAAGAGGACACCGAGCUGGGUACCAGACGGCUGCUGAUGAGGAUGUUGACAUACUUCAGACCAGACUCCCUGUACCUGUUUGCAGCUUUUAGCUUCCUCAUAUUGGGUGUUGUCUGUGAUACCUUCAUCCCACUUUAUCAGGGACGGGUAAUCGAUAUGUUAAGAGGUGAAGUGCUGCAAAGCAGCUUUGGCUAUACAGUUGGACAGCUUGCACUUCUCUCUUUUGGAAGUGCUGUGUUCUCUGGCUUGCGGGGAGGCACAUUUAUGUGGACCUUGGCCAGACUGAACAACAGACUGAAGUGUCUGCUGUUUCACACCUUCCUGCAGCAGGAGAUACACUUCUUUGAGGAGAACAAGGCAGGCCAUCUUUCCUCCCGCCUCCACUCUGACGUGGACAAGAUGGGUCGGACAGUAGCGCUGAACGCCAACGCGCUGGUUCGCAGCAUUGUCAAGACCUGCCUCAUGCUGAAAGUGAUGUUAGGCCUGUCCUGGGAGUUCACUGUGCUCACCUGCAUAGAGAUGCCACUCUUGGCAGUACUGCAGAACAGAUACAUCAUCUGGUACAAGGAGCUCAAAGAUAAGAUGCAAGACUGUCACGCUGAGAACAAAGAGCUGGCAUUCCAGACAAUCAGCGGGAUUCGUACAGUCCGCAGCUGUAACGGAGAGAGAGAAGAACUGCGGCGGUACAAUGAGGCUCUGGACCAGAUGUACAAGGUCAAGAGACGUUCAGGCAUCUACAGUGCAGUCUUCCUCUUAGUACGAAGGCUGGUCACUCUGGGGAUAAAGAUCCUGAUGCUGGUACGGGCCCGUAGUCUCAUCUCAUCUGGUCACCUCAGCAUCGGCAGUCUCAUGUCCUUUUUUUUGUACCAGAAGCCCAUGUCAAGCAAUUUACAGGAGAUUUUGCAUGGCUAUGGAGACACGGUGUCCACUGUUGGAGUCAUCUCCAAAGUGUUCAAUUAUCUUGACCGGACACCACAGUGUCAGAAGCCGGGCAAAUUGGCUCCUGAGAAGCUGCAGGGAAGAGUUGUUUUCCAAAAUGUCACCUUCACAUAUCCCUCAGCUCCUCAAGAAAAACCCGCUCUGAAGUCAGUUUCAAUGGAACUGCAUCCAGGCAAGAUGACGGCACUGGUGGGUCCCUCUGGCAGUGGAAAGACCUCCUGUGUCAGUCUCAUGAAGAGGCUGUAUGAACCUAAACAUGGGCAGAUCCUGCUAGAUGGAAGGCCGCUGCACGAUUAUAAACACAAAUACCUCCAUCAAAAGAUGGCCCUGGUAUCCCAGAAUCCUGUGCUGUUUUCUGGUUCACUGCUGUACAACAUUGGAUACGGCCUGAGAGACUGCACCAUCGAGAAGGUGAAAGAAGCUGCAGUGAGGGUCAACGCAGAUGCCUUCAUCUCCGAAAUGGAGAACAAAUAUGACACAGAUAUAGGAGAAGGUGGUGGAAAACUGUCUGAUGGACAGAAGCAGUCCAUCGCCAUCAUUAGAGCUCUGGUUCGAGAGCCGCAGGUCAUCCUGCUGGACGAGGCUACCAGCAAACUGGAUGUCGAAGCUCAGCAUGUAGUCCUCCAGGAGGUUCUGGCUUGUGGUCGGACAGUGUUGGUGGUGGCCCAUCAGCUGAAGACUGUGGAGAAGGCAGAUCACAUCAUCUUCAUAGAGGAGGGAGCAGUCGUAGAGGAGGGAACACACCAAGAACUCAUGGCCAAGAAAGGACGUUACUAUCGUUUGAAAGAGGAACUGUUCUCUUAAUGCAGUUGGG